AUUCAAGUGUUCAUUGAAUGAGUGAUUCAUUGCAUCGUUGGGUGUAUUGAAAGGCAUUCAAUGUUUUAGUGAUUCAAUCAUUAAAUGAUCAGUGAAUCAACUCAUUAGACAAUUGUAUUUGUGUUAAUCUGUGGAUCCGAUCGGUGAUAAUCAAUUGCAACAAUGUUUAGUUGGUUGAGUGCCAGCAAUGAGCGCAAGAAACAACCGGAACUGUUCAUCAAUGUUGUUGAAGGUCUCAAACGUAUCUAUAAGUCAAAGAUAUUACCACUUGAAGAACACUAUCUGUUCCAUGAGUUCCACUCUCCGCCCUUAGAAGAUGCAGACUUUGACGCCAAACCUAUGGUAUUAUUGGUCGGACAGUACUCGACGGGAAAGACCACUUUUAUUAAGUACUUAUUGGAGCGCGACUUUCCCGGCAUAAGGAUAGGACCCGAACCCACUACUGACCGAUUCAUUGCCGUCAUGUUUGGCGAAUCAGAAGGCGUUAUUCCCGGCAAUGCCUUAGUCGUUGAUCCGAAGAAACAGUUCCGUCCUUUAGCUAAGUUUGGAAACGCUUUUCUCAAUCGUCUGCAAUGUUCUCAACUCAACUCAGCCGUACUCGAGAGUAUCACAAUAGUAGACACUCCGGGAAUUUUGUCGGGAGAGAAGCAACGGGUAGAUCGUGGCUAUGAGUUUACCGGUGUAUUGGAGUGGUUUGCCGAACGGGUCGAUAGAAUUAUCCUUCUGUUCGAUGCACACAAACUCGACAUUUCUGAUGAAUUUCGACGAUCUAUUGAAGCCCUUCGAGGACACGACGAUAAGAUAAGAAUUGUUUUAAAUAAAGCAGAUAUGAUAGAUCAGCAACAAUUGAUGCGCGUCUACGGCGCACUUAUGUGGUCAUUGGGUAAAGUACUUAACACACCCGAAGUGGCCCGAGUGUACAUCGGCUCUUUUUGGGAUCAGCCUCUUAGAUAUGAUUACAAUAGAAAGUUAUUUGAAGCCGAAGAACAGGAUUUAUUCAGUGAUAUAACAAGCCUUCCACGAAAUGCUGCGCUCAGGAAACUCAAUGAUUUGAUCAAAAGAGCCCGACUCGCGAAGGUUCACGCGUAUAUCAUUAGUUCUUUAAAGAAAGAGAUGCCCUCUGUCUUUGGCAAAGACUCAAAAAAGAAAGAAUUAAUUAAACAUUUGGGAAAUAUCUUCACUGAAAUCGAGAGAGAACAUGGAGUACCUGUCGGUGACUUUCCUGACUUGAGUGAAAUGCAGGAAAAACUAUUACAUCAUGACUUCACUAAAUUUAAUCCAUUAAAGAAACCAUUACUCGACGCCGUCGAUAAAAUGUUAGCCGAAGAUAUUGCAAAACUUAUGGCAAUGAUUCCACAGGAGCAAAACGAUACUAAAGAGGAGACAGUAGUAAAAGGCGGUGCUUUUGAAGGCGUUAAAGAAUCUCCUUUUGGUUAUAUGCGCGGCGAAGGUGUAGAUGCCGGCUCUCUUGACAAGGAAUGGGUCGUUGAAAAAGAUAAACCUAAAUAUGAAGAAAUGUUUAAUUCAUUGAAUCCAAUUGAUGGUAAAAUCACCGGUGCUUCAGCCAAAGCAGAGAUGGUUAAAUCAAAACUACCGAACAGUGUUUUGGGUAAAAUAUGGAAACUUUCAGAUUUAGAUAGGGAUGGCAUGUUAGACAUGGAUGAGUUCUCACUAGCCAUGCAUUUGAUGCAAAUCAAACUCAAUGGACAUGACUUACCACAACAAUUACCCGACCAUUUGAUUCCGCCCUCCAAACAUACAGUUAAUGGAUCUUAAGAAUUAUGCUUUACUUAUAAAUUUUAUAAGUUAUUUACCGUAAUAUAAAAAUCUAAUAUAAUUGACAAUUAUUUUAAUAUCUUAUAAAGAAUUAUAUAUUUAUUUGUCAUAAAAGA